UGCUCGCGCGGAAGCGCCGCGGCUGGGUGGCGGUCUCGAAGCGGUGGCGUCGCGGUCGGUGCGGCCGCUGCUAUGCCGUCGUCGCCGCUGCGGGUGGCGGUGGUGUGCUCGAGCAACCAGAACCGGAGUAUGGAGGCGCACAACAUCCUCAGCAAACGUGGAUUCAGUGUCCGGUCCUUUGGAACAGGAACUCAUGUGAAGCUCCCAGGACCAGCACCUGACAAGCCAAAUGUUUAUGAUUUCAAAACUACAUACGAUCAGAUGUACAAUGAUCUCCUUAGGAAGGAUAAAGAACUCUAUACGCAGAAUGGCAUCUUACAUAUGUUGGACAGAAAUAAGAGGAUCAAGCCUCGGCCAGAAAGGUUCCAGAACUGCAGAGACCUGUUCGAUCUGAUCCUCACCUGUGAAGAGAGAGUGUACGAUCAGGUGGUAGAAGAUCUGAAUUCCAGAGAGCAGGAGACCUGCCAGCCGGUGCACGUGAUCAAUGUGGACAUUCAGGACAACCACGAGGAGGCCACCCUGGGGGCAUUCCUCAUCUGUGAGCUGUGCCAGUGUAUUCAGCACACGGAGGACAUGGAGAACGAGAUCGACGAGCUGCUUCAGGAGUUCGAGGAGAAGAGUGGCAGAGCCUUCCUGCACACGGUCUGCUUCUACUGAGCCGCCUGGCCUGGCGCGCCGCCCCCUCCUGAAGCGCCUUGUUGAGCUUCCUUUUGUUAAUAUUUUUUCCCUCCUGAUAUUUGUUUUUACCUUUAGGUAUUCUGCCGGCCGACGGUAGCAGUACCCAAUAAAUUGUACAUAUGAAACGCAAAGCUACACAUAAAUGCCAGAUUAAAAACAAUCAAGUUUCUCUGUCCGCUUUGACUUAACGAGUGGGAUGUUGAUUAUAAAGUUUUUUUUUUCUUUAACCAAAACAGUAAACAACGGUUUCUAGUACCUUUCCCCCAUGCAUUUGUGGCUUCAUUGUGGCUCCUUCGUUCCACCCUCAAACAUGCUGUAAUGUACAAAUAAUCUGAAUAAAGCAAUGGGCUUGGUCUUACUAGGAAAGAAUUUAA